GGGUUUACGGCAGGUGUCCACGUGAUCCUGGCCUGCAGUAGGGUGGCUGCGGUGAGGUACCUGCGCUCGUGAAGGGUGGGCGGUUAGGUCGUAGCCGCCGCAGCCUCCGGCGGACUCUCCCGAACGGCCAGGCUGGGGAAAAACGAGCCGACUGAGGCAUUCAUCGCUUAGUGCCUACGGCACGGGUCUGUUCUUUAUGCCACCUCCGCCUUCCUCCUCCCCACCUCUUUGCGGGUGAAGUCCCCUUUGGGUUUCGAGACCUUGGGGCCUGAGGCCCAAACUCGAAACGAACCCCCCACCCAUCCCUCUUUCUUUCUCAUCCUCCAUCUCUUCCUUUGCAUCACCGAAUCACUUAGCCGUUGAGCUGGCCAGCUCGGCGGUGCCUUAAGGCCAAGUUCGAGGCGGUAAAGGUAACGGUGGGGAAAGCAGCCCCCCAGUGGACAAAGGUGGAGGCAAGACUAGAGCAGGCCUAAGGGCCGCAGGCAACGAGAAUAGGCGGCUGAGGGGGUGAACAGGAAAAAAAAAAAGAGUACUGCGGAUUUAGAAGGGACUGGAAAGGACUUGUUGCACGAUGGAAGAAUCUGACUCUGAGAAAAAGAUGGAGAAAGAGAAUCUGGGGACGAGAAUGGAUCCUCCCAUAGGGGAAACGGAAGGAUCGCUUGGGUGGGUGCUACCAAAUACAGCCAUGAAGAAAAAGGUGCUGUUGAUGGGUAAAAGUGGGUCUGGUAAGACCAGCAUGAGGUCUAUUAUCUUUGCAAAUUAUAUUGCAAGAGACACACGUCGCCUUGGUGCAACAAGUAAGAUGUUUUAUCUUAUUGUAAAGUCAGGUGAUCUUAAUAAUUCGCAUAACACACUUGGUUGCAGUAACUUGGGGAUGCAGAGCUUGACAGAUUUGUUUUUGAGCAUACAGGAUACCUUCAUGGAAAAUUAUUUCACCAGCCAACGAGACAACAUCUUCCGUAAUGUGGAGGUUCUGAUUUAUGUCUUUGAUGUGGAAAGCCGUGAACUGGAAAAGGACAUGCACUAUUACCAGUCGUGCCUGGAGGCCAUUCUGCAGAAUUCUCCAGAUGCCAAAAUCUUUUGCUUGGUGCAUAAAAUGGAUCUGGUACAGGAGGAUCAACGAGACCUGAUUUUUAAAGAGCGAGAAGAAGAUCUGAGGCGUUUGUCUCGCCCAUUGGAAUGUUCUUGCUUCCGAACAUCUAUCUGGGAUGAAACUCUCUAUAAGGCUUGGUCCAGCAUUGUUUAUCAGCUGAUUCCCAAUGUUCAGCAGCUGGAAAUGAACCUAAGGAAUUUUGCUGAAAUUAUUGAGGCUGAUGAAGUGCUUCUAUUUGAGAGAGCCACUUUUCUGGUGAUUUCUCACUACCAAUGUAAAGAACAGCGUGAUGUCCACAGAUCUGAGAAAAUCAGCAACAUUAUUAAGCAAUUUAAGCUGAGCUGCAGCAAGCUGGCUGCCUCUUUCCAGAGCAUGGAAGUCAGGAACUCUAACUUUGCUGCUUUCAUUGACAUCUUUACAUCCAACACUUAUGUGAUGGUCGUGAUGUCUGAUCCAUCCAUUCCUUCUGCAGCUACUCUGAUCAAUAUCCGCAAUGCCAGGAAACACUUUGAAAAGCUGGAAAGAGUGGAUGGACCAAAGCAGUGUCUUCUCAUGCGCUAAAACAUUGCCAAAUGCUGUUUCAGAAAAAAAUUGGAAUACUGUUUCUUAAUCUUAAUGUUGUAUUAGUAUAUAUAGGCUCUGAAAUGUUGUGAUGCUUAUCACUUCUGUAUUUCUUCCCUACUCCCCAGUCUUAACGUUUAACCUUGAAUGCUGUUUACUCAAAUAGCCAGUGAGGAGUUAGAAGAUGAGCUGUUUAUGAAGUUGGUGUGACAUAUAAAGUAGGUGAUAUAUAAGUGUUCUGAUAACAACGUUCUAAUAGUGCAAGUGUUCUGUUAACCUGGUUCCAGUUGUUGUGUAUGCCAAAGCCUUUCCCAACGUCAUCUUGUAUUCCUUACCAGAGAGUAACCUAUACGUUUGGAAUAUUACUGUUUUCUCAGCAUGCAUUAAAACUAUUCCUUAACUACAAUUGUAAAUAAACUUUUGCUGUUAGGG